AUGCUGGUGGUCCUGCUCACAGUGGUCUUGCUGGCCCUGAGUUCUGCUCAGGGACCAGGUGAAGAAUUUCAGAACCUAAACCAGAUCUUCAAUCAGAGACCACCUCCUCCAGGAUACCCACAAAGACCUUCUGGUAAUGGAAAUCAAGGUGUUGCUCCUCCUCAAGAACCACCACAUGGAGGAAAUCAGCACCAAGGUCAACCCCCUCCAUCUGGAAACCAGCAAGGCCCACCACCACAGCAGGGAGGCCAGCCUAACAGACCCCCUCAGCCUGGAAACCAGCAAGGCCCACCACCACAGGGAGGCCAGGGACCUAACAGACCCCCUCAGCCUGGAAACCAGCAAGGCCCACCACAGCAGGGAGGCCAGGGACCUAACAGACCCCCUCAGCCUGGAAACCAGCAAGGCCCACCACCACAGGGAGGCCAGGGACCUAACAGACCCCCUCAGCCUGGAAACCACCAAGGACCACCACCACAGCAGGGAGGACAGCCCAACAGACCCCCUCAGCCUGGAAACCAGCAAGGACCACCACCCCAGGGAGGACAGCCCAACAGACCCCCUCAGCCUGGAAACCAGCAAGGCCCACCACAGGGAGGACAGCCCAACAGACCCCCUUUCCCUGGAAACCAGCAAGGCCCACCACCACAGGGAGGACAGCCUAACAGACCACCUCAGCCUGGAAACCAGCAAGGCCCACCACCACAGCAGGGAGGACAGCCCAACAGACCCCCUCAGCCUGGAAACCAGCAAGGCCCACCACCACAGGGAGGACAGCCCAACAGACCCCCUCAGCCUGGAAACCAGCAAGGCCCACCACCACAGGGAGGACAGCCUAACAGACCACCUCAGCCUGGAAACCAGCAAGGCCCACCACCACAGGGAGGACAGCCCAACAGACGCCCUCAGCCUGGAAACCAGCAAGGCCCACCACCACAGGGAGGACAGCCCAACAGACCCCCUCAGCCUGGAAAUCAGCAAGGCCCACCACCACAGGGAGGACAGCCUAACAGACCCCCUCAGCCUGGAAACCAGCAAGGUACACCACAAUCUUCCCAAUGGGACAGACCAUAG